CCAACUGCUGCUUCUCCCUGGGAUAUGGAACUUGACAGGUCCUGAUAGCCUGGAGUGGACGUUCUUUAUAAGCAGGCUUGAGUCCAGCCCAUCUGCACAGAGGAGUUCCUCUGUAAGGGUCCUUCGGAGUCUAGUGAAAUUAGUGUUGGCUUUUCUCCAGCCCCUGCUCUCUCUGCCUUUCCUGGCUCACUGCUCCCCCGCCCCUUCCCCCGCCACCACCACCCCGCGUAUACGCAGAAGAAGAAAGUUUUACACCGAAUGAGCCCCGCGUUGACGUAGGCAUCGCCUCUUCUCCCUGCUGGAUGGAAGCCCAGAAGGGAGUGAAUGGGGGAGAUGCGGAGGUCGGCAUCUCUUGGAUUCCUGUGGUUAGGGUCCCCGGGCGGGGCAGAUCAAGGGCUAGCCAAGAGAACCGGUCCUAGACCCACAAAUACAUCAGGCUUUUCCCUCCUCCGUCAACCUCCUAAAUUCCAAUGAGGUCAUAGCAAUGAGAGAGAAUCGGAUCAAGAGAGAGGGGGAGGAAGAGGACGACGACGAGGGAGAAGAAACCCAGAUGGAAAGAGGCCAUCAGACAAGGUCGCAUUUUCUGGCGACACGGAGACUGCGAGGAGCGUGGUGCUGAAUACCAUUCGCCGACUCCGCCAGGGGACCUAGAGACUUGCAGAAGCACUUUGCAUUACCACGAAAACAAAGGAGAGGAGGCAAGAGGCAGAGGCAGAGAGAAGCUCUGAGCAGUCCCCCUAGGCUCUCCCGGAAGCUAAGCUCAUUCUCCUCCGCAAGGAAAGAAAAGAGACCCUGAAAGGUCCUGGAGGCUGAGGAAGGAAUAGGGUUUCCCUGCGGAGAUUGGGACACGGCAGAACUCUGGACAGCGCCUCUUGAGCACCGCUCUGGCUCCCAGGUCUCCCCCGUCUCAGGCUCUUUGAAAGCCCUGCUACCGCUGUGAUCUCUUCUGGACUCUUAUCAAGCCCAGGAAGAUCUGUCCACGAUCCCUGUCUGAGCGUGCCAGUGGGUGGAGCAGCUCUUUGCCUCUGACCGGGCCAGGGAGGAGGGUCUCCAGUUCUGGAAAUCCAGUCCUUGUGGAUAAUGUUUCGCUGCUGAAGAAAGAAAAGUUUUAGGAUCUGGUAGGGGGUGGAAGGGGUGAGGAGAAUCGUGGAAGAAAGAAGGUGGAUGGUUGGUUUUCCUCUGUGAUCUGAAAGGAAUGAUGACCCAGGAAGGAUGUGCACCAGCGGCCAGAUUAUUGGGAGCCUCUUGGUGCUUUCCGUGCUGGAGAUAGGGUUGGGGGUAUCCAGCGUGGCCGUGGGGGCGGUCAGCUUCAGCCUGGCCCUCCGAGAGCACAAGCCGCAGCUCGGAGACUCGUCCCCGUUUCUUCUCUGUGGCAUAUGUGGGAUAUUGUGCGCCAAAAAAAAAUCAGGACUUGUCAUGAUCCUCUUCUCAGCCUGCUGUAUCUGUGGGCUCAUUGGGGGCAUCCUGAAUUUUCAGUUCCUUCGGGCAGUCACAAAGAAGACCUCUUCCCUGUAUCCUCUGCAUCUUGCCUCCAUGUCCCUGGCGUGCAUUGGGAUUGGGGGCUGCACCCUAAUGAAGGAAGUGACAGACAACAUGAGCAAUGGAGGACCACCACUGAUAUUUAAUGGAAGAGUAUAAUCAAUGUUUUUAGGAUGUUCAUGAGGCAAGGAGAUAUCAAGGGACUAGGAGAUAAGAUUAAAACCGUUCUUGCAUUUGCUUUUCUUUCUCCUGAGCAUCCACUAAAAUUAUUCUUCAUCAAUUUUGUCUCACUUACUCUCUAGCCUUUUUUAUGCAGUGAAAACCUUUCUAGAAAUGCUCUAGUUUGGUCAUUUCAACAGACUUUACAGAUUGUUUUGAAGAAGAAUUUUCAGGAGAAAUAAAUAAAUAAAACAGAAAUAAAAGUUAUAUUCUACACAAACAUUUGGCUAGCAUGAGUAUUAGAUUUGUAAUUACAUGUUUCAUUUUGAGCAAUUAAAAAGUGCAAAUAACAAAAAAUAACAAUAACUUAUUGAUGUCUUUGUUUUGAAAGACCAUGGCUUCAAGAAUGCCACAAAUCAAAACCUCAGCAAUGCCUUGUUACAAAAACAUUGUAAUUAUUUUCGAUUUGUGAAUGAACUAUGUUUCAUAAUUUAUUUGUAAAUUAUAAAAACCCAAAAACAUAAAGAAGAGAAUUUUUUAGAAAGACAAUAUUAAUCUGUAUGAUAUUUUUGCAUUUUUGCACAAGACUGAAAAGUUGUAAGUAAAUACCAUCUAAGAGAAAUAAAUGUUUUGAUCAUA